AUGUCAACAACACAAGCAAAAACACAAGCUAUUGGGAAGGAGAAGAGAGUGUCAUCGCCUUUGGUUCGUUCCCAACCCCGAAUCGUCUCCAAGCCCACAACUACCACCUCAAAGCCCGUUUCAAUCGCCACCUCGCGCACGCCCAAAGCAAUAACAACCGCCUCAAGGCCUUCUUCAACUGUCUCACCUAAACCAACGAACGCCGCAACCUUAAAAAGUACAAAUUCGUUGAACAAGGACAAAAGACCGCUCUCUUCCACCACUCGUAGUGUCGAAAAGCCACGACCUUUGAAUAGAAGAGAGUCGUUCAGCAAUGCCACGCCCUCGGUUCGGAUCCAAAGGUCUCUUAGCACGGCCAAAACCGUGGGAGAUCAUAAACUUGCCCAACCGAAAUCAGCUCCUUCUCUCAAAACACUAGACAAGAGCGUGAGCAAAUCGAAAACAAGCGAUCUAAGGAGCCCUCGCUCAUUGUCGGCUAAUAGAAAGCCUAAAGAAGAGGCGGAAUCGGAAACAGAGCCCGAGAGGAUCAUUUCUCACGACAACAAAGAAGUUUUGAUUGAUUCCAACGAGACGGAAGAUAGUGCGGUUGAAGAUGAGCGUUGUGAUCAUCUGCACGUUGACGAGACAACAGACUAUGCUUGUCGAGAUGAAAUAGAACAAAAACAAGAACAAGAUGAAACUGAAAUCCACAUUGAAAUGAAUAAGGAACAAAUCAAUAUCGAAAAGCAUAGUGAUCAUCAUAAUUGUAAUGAAAAUGAAUUAGAAGAGAAAGCAAUAGAAUCAACCAACAACGAUAAAAAAGAAGAAAGUUUCUUGAAGGCGUCGGAAAUAAGGAGAAGAAUGGAAGCUCAAGCGGGGAGCAAUGAGGCGGUUACGCCGCGGGUGGUGCGAGGCGGCAGCUGGCCAUUCCACAAGAAGGAAGUGGCGGCUCCGGUGAGCAAUGAAGUAAUAGAGGAGACCACAAGUAAGUUGAUAAAAGAGAAUAAGAAAAAUAGAGUGUUGGCAAUGGUGGGAGCUUUUGAAACUGUUAUGUCUAAUCAAUAA